UUAAAGGUGCUGCGGCAAAUCAAUGUGGAAAAUUAUAAGUUCAUACUUACAGAGACAUACGCGGAUAUAUACAUAUGUGUGUGUAUACGCGAAAGAGUUUUAAUUAUUUGCGGCAUUAAACGUGUCUAAAAAUUGUCUUUGGGGUUUUGGAAACUACACACAUGGGGCAGUACAAAAUCGGACGCGUGAUUGUGUGGUUGGAAAACGGGCGUUCCGAAAUGAAUUAUGUCGUGUAAAUGAUUAUGAAAGAAUAUUUCAGAAUAAAUGGAAAAGUCAGAUAAAUAGUAGAGAAGGAGAGUGUAACACGCGGCAAUUUGAAAGAGAUCUAGUAAACAAAAAAAAAAAACAAAAAGCAAGAUUAAAAAGUGGAAAAGGCAAAAUACAAGAGCAAUUUGUAAAAAAAUUUCAUAACUCUUGGAGGAUCAUAAAAGUAUUAAUACUCACAAAUAGUACAAACAUUGGUAUGCAUAACUGUAGUUGAGAAUUCAUUAUAUUUAUUUUAUCUCGAGAUUAUCUCGAUAAAAUAUCAAUGUGUGAUCAUUACUCCGCUGCAGUAUAUUGAAAUCAACAUUUAACAAAUACAACUAAGAAAACGAGAUCAGAAAAUUCCGAAACCGAAAGCUAUUUAUACAUACGGUACAUACAUACAUAUGAAUAUGUGCUCAUAAAACGUACGCUUCCAGAGGCAUCCAGUUGGAUUUAAUUGUGCAAUAAAUUUUGCGUUCUGCAUCCGAGUAUCACAUACAUAUAUACAAAUCAUCGAUAUUUUAAAAUCUGGGAUAAUAAAUUGAAAAGUAUAAGCGAGCGACGCACGAAAAGAAGAUGCACCGCAUGUUUUGCUUAGUCAUUUUGUUGCUCAGUUCGGUCGUGAAUGCUUGGGCCAUCCAAUGUUACUCAUGUGAAUCAGUCUACCACUCAAGUUGUGGGGAUGACUUCGACAUGGAAAACCAAUUUAAAUUGGAUUGCUCACAUGUUCCGCCACCGCGUUAUCUCGGAAACGACUUGGACUUGCGAAACGCAACUGGUUGUAUGAAACGGACUUAUAAAGUGGGAGAUCUCCUUAGGAUCGAACGCAGUUGCUUUUUCGGUGACAUGGACGACACGGACAGCGGUUGUCAACUGGAUCCAGUAACGGAAAAAGCGGAGCCAAUAUCGUGUAAUGUCUGUGACACUGAGGACUUCUGCAAUCACAGUAACCAACUGAAGGCAUGGCCGCAAUAUUUAUCGAUCGUUUCCUUCGCGUUUACGGUGAAAUUCUUCAAUUGGCUGAGCUAAAGUAUAAUAAAUGCAGAAGCUCAACUCUGCUUUCUUCAGUAUCCAGCUCCAAUAGAAAGACAUAAAAUUAGCCGAAUUCAUCUGUUGAUGUUGAGCGAAAUACUAUUUGUUAUUUGUUUUUGUAGCGAGUAGUGAAGCAAAGUAUUUUAAAUAAAUAAAAACAAAUUAAAAUAUA